AUGCUCAUCGGGUGUCUAGUGGUCGGACUUAAGAAUCGAGAAACAGUCCAGAGACCACCAGACGGGUUCUUCUGCAACUUUAUCAUUCGCGUCCCCUCUCGUAUCUCGUCCGCAUCUGUCGCCAUCCUCACGAUACCGACACUCGUUCUUCAAGUUAUGACGUUGUUGCGACUCCGAAGAAACUGGCAUCUGCUGAAAGGAAGCAUCCUCCGCGUUCUCCUGUUUUCGUGCUUCUGCAUUGUAGCGGUCGUUCUGGGAAUCGUCUUCGCAGCAGGCUCGGACCGAGGCCCUCCAUUCCUCAACGUGAUUGUUGCAACUGGUGAGUUUUAA